AUGAAUGCAAGGACAGUGUUGAACCAAUGCAAACACAAUCCAUUGCUACUAUCCCCCUUCGGCAUCUCGCGUUUCUCUACUGCACUCUCUCGGUCGUCCCCCUCGGCCUCACGGCUUAAAGAACGGCAUUUCCCACCUUGCAGGCGCAAACCACAUCCCACAGCUCAUUUCUCAACAUCAAUCAGAAUGAGCCCCGCCCCACCGACACAUAUUAACGGGGAGCCCCAACUAUCCAACAGAACCCCAGACACCUUCACAAACCUUAAUAUGGCCGACCAGCUCGAGCGACUCAUGCAAACAGACGGCUUCCGCAAAUGGGGAUUCGCUAUCUACCGGUGCACAUACGCCAGCGACUCAGACUGGGAGGCCUUUAUAGCGCGCAUCUACGAGCCUGUUAAAAGAUAUCUCAAGUAUGACAACGGCCUGGACAUGUUAGGCUCUUUCGCGCCCACGGUUAUCCAAGACCGGGCAGCCUUCGAGGGCGCCACGACAGCCACAGUCCGCGAACACUUCAUCAACACCUGGGUGCCGGGUGCUUUUCCGGUGGAGAAUCCGGGUUUAGAUAUGGGUAUCUUACCUAAUGCAGAAGUAGGCAGGUAUCGGUUUUUUAUUAUGGUGGAUGAGGAGAGUCUGCGGUCUGUUUUGGAUGCGCCGGAGAACCGGAUUAAUCAGACUGGUUUUGUUCGGCUGGUGCAGGCGGAUUGGGGUUCUAUCAGGUCCCGUGUCGAUAAUGAAGAGGAUGAUGAUGGAAUUGUAUAUACACCAGAAGAAUGUGAGCCGCUGGAGGGGUGUACAAAGGAGGAUGUCGGGUGGAUGAAGGUGCACUAUGACCGUGUCGAGACAGUGGGGUAUUUGGAUAUCAGGAUGCAUUGGGACUGGGAGGACCAUUAUUCUCGGCCACCAGAGAUUGCGGAGCUCUUGUAG